UCAGGGGAGAUCAUAAAAGGAGCCUCGCACCCUGGCUUCACAUUCUGCCCUCCCGCUAAUUCCGGCUCGUGCUCUGACUCCCGCGCCAACAUGCAAGUCCACAAGCCCCUACCCGCUCUGACUGCGCUCCUAUUCCUGCCCUCACUCUUACCCUCAGGAGCCCUGGGGAACCCUAUCAGGACGCAGGUCUGGGUGGAUCCCCCAAACAGCAUAAUCCCCGUGGGCAGUUCGGUAGUGAUGAACUGCAGCACCGACUGCUACCUUUCCGAAAUGAUCGGCCUGGAGACUAGGCUGGCGAAGGUCUUGGAGAGCAACGGGACGAACUGGAUAACCUUCAGGCUGAGUAAUGUGACCCAGGAUAAUAGUCCCCUAUGCUUUGCCAACUGCCCAGGGAAGGUGCAGGGCAGCACCAGGGCCAACAUCAUGGUUUAUGAGCAACCAAAGAACGUGGAGUUGAAUCUGGAGCCUUCUCGGGAGCAGUCCUCUCUCCCCUGGAUCCGUGGUCAGAACUUCACUUUAAGCUGCCAUGUGACAGGUGGGAGACCUCGGGAGAACUUGCAGGUGGUGCUGCUUCGGGGAGCCCAGGAGAUAAGCAGACAGUCUGCCCCAAAGAAUACCCUGGACACAGUCAUCGUCAAGUUCCAGGCCAUAGCCAGUAGGGAGGAUAAUGAGGCAAACUUCUCCUGCCACACUAAGCUGGACCUUCGACCAAGGGGAUUAGAACUUUAUGAGAACAGUUCAGCCCUGCUGACGUUCCACACCUUUGCCCUGGCACCAGAACCCCCAGUGCUUAAGACCCCUAAGCUCCUGGAGGCUGGGACCAAGAAGCAGGUGACAUGUGAGAUGGGCAAGGUGUUCCCAGUGAAGAAAGCCCAGAUACAACUGUCCUGGGGAGGACAGAGGCUGACUCAACCUCUCAUUACCCGACUCGGAGAUGUGCUAAGGGCCACAGCCACAAUCAUGGGGGAAGAAGAGGAGGAGGGUGAUAGAGAGCUGACCUGCAUUGUGAGCCUGGGGAAUGAAACUUGGAAAGUAUCAGAAGACGUGACAGUCUACACCUUCCCACAACCUCGUCUUAUAGUCCGUGAGCCCAUCCAGGAGGGAAAUCAAGUGAACUUGACCUGCGAGGCCCAACCACCAGCUCAGGUGCUGAUUAAGGGGGCUCCACCUCAUGAACCUGACAGGAUAUCCCUGAUAGUCCAGGAGAAGGACAACGGGCGCUUGUUCACCUGUCAGGCCAUCAUGGAAUUGCGGGAAGAGAGACUCAGUAAAAACAGCACCCUGAAACUAAAUGUCCUAUUCCCCCCAAAGCUGGAGAAGGAAUGCCCAGAAAAAUGGAACUGGUCUGAAGGGGCUGAAGAGACCCUACAGUGCACAGCUAGAGGAAAUCCAGCCCCCAUCGUGAAGUGUGUCCCACAAAACCAAGAGAUGGGGAUGCCACUUGGGAUACCCCAACGCGUCAUACGAGCCUACAAUGGCACUUACCGCUGCACUGCUAAGAACUCACUGGGAGAAGUCUCCAAAGUCGUGUCAGUGGUUGUAGAGUUCCAGGAUGUGAACCCAUUGCCAAUUAUCAUCAGCAUACUGGUCAUCCUGGCGGUUGUGAGUUUUCUGAGCUUCUUUGGAUAUCUCUAUUACCGGGAACAGCGGAUUAGAAGUUAUGAGCUGAAGAAGGCACAGGAGGCUAGAGCCAUGAAGCUGAUCAGCCCAGAGGCCAAACACUGCCCCUAGAGGGGACCUCACCCUCUCCUACACAAGCACUUUUUUUGGAGAGUCCAAGGACUGGCUAACUCCUUGUGGGAAGAAACUAGGUUGUAGCCCAAACCCUGAAGCCAGGGCCAAGAAAGCUUCUUGACACUCUUUCUGGGUCUCAGGACAGCAUGUGAGAUCUUGCUUGAUCUCUAGGCCUCCGGUAGCCUGAAGACCCUUUGGAGCCACAUAUUAAACUGGUCUGGGCACACCUGGGUGAUGGGAACAGGACUCAGGAACCUGAGCAAGGGAGUUGUGGGAUGGAAGAGACUGUGACUGACUACUGAUCACCCAAGUGUGAGAAUAGACCCGGGGAUGUACCCGACGACACUGACAUGGGAAUGUAAGAAGACCCUGUGGAGUCUUGGACCAACACAUAAGGGGAAACACUAGCUGAAAACUGCCUCAGCACUUUGGAGCUGGAAAGGGGGAAAGCCUGGAAUAAGAUAGAGAGGGGUGUCCUCACCCAUAGCUUGUUGUCUUCCCUACUCCUACCAAUAAAACUUGACCAAUGUCUCUGACUCUA